AUGCAGCUCUGCCUCCUCCUCUGCCUUUUGCUGCUCAGCCCGCAGGGCUUGGGCCACCACCACCACUCCUGGAGGGCAAAGAAGAGGGCCAGAGAGCUGCCUGUCGUCCCCACGGCGGCCCCUGAUAACGGGAACUUCACCUUCGACCUCUUCAGGGCCUUGGUGGCCGCCAGCCCCAACCAGAACGUCUUCUUCUCCCCUCUGAGCGUCUCCAUGCCCCUGGCCAUGAUCUCCCUGGGGGCUCGGUCCACCACGAGGGCGCAGAUCCUGGGCGCCUUGGGCGUCGGCCUGCAGGGGGGCGCGGAGGAAGAGGAGCUCCACAGAGGCUUCCAGCGGCUGCUGCAGGGGCUCAGCCCGCCCCGGGAGGACCCCCAGCUGAGCCUCGGCAACGCCCUGUUCCUCAAGCCCACGGUGCACGUCCAGGACACCUUCCUGAGAGCCAUGAGGACGCUGUACCUGGCAGACACUUUCCCCACCAACUUUGAGGACCCUGAAAGGGCCCAGAAGCAGAUCAACGAUUAUGUGGCAAAGCAAACUAAAGGCAAGAUUGUGGACCUGGUUAAGGACUUCGACAGCUCCGAGAUCAUGGUUAUGGUGAAUUACAUCUACUUUAAAGCUAAGUGGGAGACACUCUUCGACCCCAAAAGCACCCACAAGCAGGACUUCCACGUGAACUCGGAGACGGUGGUGCAGGUGCCCAUGAUGAAACGCGAGGAUGACUAUUACUACCUCCUGGACCGGAACCUCUACUGCAGGGUCGUGGGGCUCCCCUACCAGGGAAAUGCCACGGCUCUCUUCAUUCUCCCCAGCGAGGGCAGGAUGGGCAAGGUGGAAGCUGAACUGAGCCAGGAGACGCUGAGGAAGUGGCUCAAGAAGUUCACCAAGAGAAAGCUCCAGCUUUACCUUCCCAAGUUCUCCAUUGAGGGCUCCUAUCACCUGGAGAAAGUUCUCCCCAAGUUGGGGAUCAGAGACAUCUUCACCUCCCAUGCUGACCUGACUGGAUUCACCAACCACUCUAACAUCCAGGUGUCUGAGAUGGUGCACAAAGCCAUGGUGGAGGUGGACGAGUCGGGGACCAAGGCAGCUGCCGCCACAGGGAUGGUGUUUGCAUUCAGGUCCGCCCGGAUGGGCUCUCCAAGGAUAGUGUUCGACAGGCCCUUUCUGAUGGCUAUUGUGGAGAACAACAAGAACAUUCUCUUCCUGGGCAAAGUGACCCGCCCCUCAGGCGGGGAUUUCUCCUGAGAGGCCCCAGGCGUCCCUAGUAGAAAAUGGGGGUGCCCAGUGGCCAUCGAUCUGCUGAGAGCUAGUGCCUUGCACAGGUUUAGUUGACUAAUGAGACUUUCGCAAAUAAUAAUAGUAACUGAUACACUGAGGAUUGCUUCUUUCCCACAAUGGCAAGACUCAGGUGCCUUGAAGAACCCUGGAGAAUAUUUGGUCUUGCCCUCACCUUUCAUCAGUGGAGAUGAGUACUGAGGCCCAGAGAGUUUGAUUGA